CAUUCUUGUUCCCCAUUCCCAGUGCCCUGACAGAGCAGUGUGCAGUAACACUGACCCCACUUCCCCACUUCACGUUGUCGUUCUCUCUGUCUCUCUGAGCAAUGGAGGACAGUCCUCUACAGGUGCUGCAUCUCAACACUGCUCCGUAUCCAGACCAGAGGCCCAGCAUCAGCGGCCUUAUAAAAAGUGUCCGUGUUUUCCAGUACAAAAGGAACUAUCUGCAAAACUUCAUCCAGAGUAUCUUCUCCUCCAUCGACCUGCGAGACCGCCAAGGCUCCACCAUGGUGGUUGGAGGAGACGGGCGUUACUUCAACACCACCGCGAUCCAGGUCAUAGUACAGAUGGCGGCGGCCAAUGGGAUAGGCCGUCUGGUGAUUGGUCAGAAUGGCAUCAUGUCCACACCGGCCGCAUCGUGCGUAAUCCGGAAGUUCAAAGCGAUUGGUGGAUUUGUGCUCACCGCCAGUCACAACCCUGGAGGACCAGACGGAGAUUUUGGCAUCAAAUUCAACAUUGCUAAUGGAGGGCCUGCGCCCAGCACUGUGACAGAUAAAAUCUUCCAGAUAAGCAGAAGUAUAGAAGAGUACGCCAUCUGCCCUGAACUCAUGGUGGAUCUGACGACACUCGGCAAGCAGAGUUUCGACCUGGAGAAUAAAUUCAAACCGUUUACAGUUGAGAUUGUGGACCCGGUGGAAUCCUACGCCAACAUGCUGAGGAACAUCUUUGACUUUGCUGCGCUGAAAGAGCUUUUAUCAGGCCAGAACCACAUACGCAUCCGGUUAGAUGCCAUGCAUGGAGUGGUUGGCCCAUAUGUGAAAAAGAUCCUGUGUGAGGAACUGGGUUCUCCUGCCAACUCAGCCAUUAACUGCGUCCCUCAGGAGGACUUUGGUGGUCAGCUUCCAGAUCCGAACCUGACCUAUGCUGCAGAUCUGGUGGAGACCAUGAAGAGCGGCCAGUUUGACUUUGGAGCUGCCUUCGAUGGUGACGGUGACCGUAACAUGAUCUUGGGGAAAAACGGCUUUUUCGUUAACCCCUCAGAUUCGGUUGCUGUUAUUGCAGCAAACAUCUUCUGCAUACCUUACUUUCAGCACAUGGGAGUAAGAGGCUUUGCCAGGACAAUGCCCAGCAGUGGAGCCCUCGACAAUGUGGCUAAAGCAACCAAGAUUCAGCUGUAUGAAACUCCAACUGGUUGGAAGUUCUUUGGAAAGCUGAUGGAUGCUGGUCGCCUUUCGCUGUAUGGAGAGGAGAGCUUCGGCACAGGUGCGGAUCAUAUCCGUGAGAAGGAUGGGCUUUGGGCUGUACUCACCUGGCUCUCCAUUCUUGCUUUUAGAAAACAGAGUGUUGAGGAAGUCAUGAUCGAUCACUGGAAAACCUACGGCAGAAACUACUAUACCAGGUACGACUACGAAGACGUGGCGAUAGACACGGCAGUGGACUUGAUGCUGGAUCUCGAGGUGAUCAUUUCAGACAAGGCAUUCGCUGGACAGAUAUUCGUGGUCGGACAGAAAACCUAUGAAGUGGAGAAAGCAGACAACUUUGAGUACAACGACCCUGUAGAUGGAAGCGUUACAAAGAACCAGGGCCUGCGAAUUAUAUUUAAAGGUGGCUCUCGCAUUAUUUUUCGGCUAAGCGGAACCGCAUCAGGGGCCACAAUACACCUCUACAUCGACGGCUAUGAGAAAGAUGAAAAUGAGAUUUUACAGGAUGCACAGGUGAAGUUGGCCGACCUGCUGAGCCUCGCGUUGAAGUUGUCGCAGCUGCGUGAGAGGACGGGGAGAACCAGUGCUACUGUCAUUACAUGAUAUAUAUAUAUAUAUAUAAUUUGUGUUGUUUCUUUUGUCUAACUUUUUUUUUGUAAUAAAAUUCGCUUUUGGACAAAAAGAAAAAAAAAGAAAAGUUGUAAUGGCGUCUUGUCAUAUGUACUCACCUCCUCGAGCGGGCGCGCGCGCGCCUGUGUGUUCGCGUAGGCACGUUCUGUCCACUGUUGCUAAGCAACAAAAGACUCGCUCCUUGUCAAACAUUACAUCCAAAUGUUGUAAUUCUAUCCGGCACUACAUAACUUUAAGCUUCACAGUUCCGAAAUGGAGGCUGCUGAGACUCCAUCGAGUCAUGUCCUCAGUACCAGAGGGGAUGAAAAAACCAGAGAUGGAGAAGUUGUGUGCAAAAUUGUCUUUGAAGAGUAUCUCAGCGAAUGGGUUAAAAUCGCCACCACAAGAGCUGGACAUUUGAUGGGGAAAGAAUCGCUGGAUGAAGCAGUCAGGCAUCCAGAGAGGUUUGCAGCCCAUUAUGGCGUCUCAGGCAGUGAAAACGAUGAGCUUGUUGAAGAACCACGCAAAAUUCACAGAUAUAAAGGCACCAUGAAUGGCCCGAGGCUUUCGAAGAAACAAAAGAGCAGACAGACUCGAGUCGAACAAAUGAGACGGAUCUACCUGCUCUGUAGAACUCCAGACACAGCAGCUCCUCCGGUUCCAGCACUGAGAGAUUCCGUCCAUGACGCAGAGAGACGGGAAUGCUGGGAAAGUGAAGUGGACAAGCUGGUAGCGUGGACACACUCUCUGUCCUUUGAGGAACCUGACAGACCGUAAUUCAGACUCCAAGACAAAGAACCGGGAAGAUACAAAACAGUCUACGGUUCUGUACUGAUCUGUAGUUUAUACAAGUCUAAAACUUUUUUUGUGUGUUUAUAGCCUGAAAAUUAUGGUAGGCCUUAUAGUAUGGAGAAUACAGUAAUUAUAAUUUUAUACAUGAUCUUACACAUGACUUCUGUAUGGGCUGAUUUACUUCUAGGCCUGUAUUGUAAAAGAAAAAAAAAACAGGAAGCUUUUCACCAAUAAAAUAAAGAGAAUUUUAAUAAGGUUUGAAUGAAUUUGACAAAGACGUCAACAACAAUGCAGCAAAUUGAAACGUCACUUUUGAUUAUUGAUCAUAGCCAGAUCCCUCGCAUUUACCUGCUAUGUGACGAUUCUGUGCAAACUGCAGAGGACUAAAUGACGCAUAUUUGUAAUAGAUUUAUGUAAAAUGUAAAAAAUAUAUAUUUCAAAAGGCAAAAUGGCAAAGGUAUGGUGGUAAUGGACGAAAAUAUUACACAGAUUUGUAUAUCUCCCAAGUGCAAAUUUUUAUCCUGCAAGUUGUUGAUCUCUCCAGAAUGUGAGUUAGUACAACGUUUUGCUUUCACUUAUUAGACUAUCCUUAACCCAUAACCGCCGUUAAUCCUUAACCUAUGCUGCGUAAGCUUGUAUUGUCGUGGUUCAAUUAUUGGAAACGAAAGCACUCGGUCACAAAUGUUCAAUAUUAACAAGUAGAAAAAAACCACCUCGUAAUUACAAGAUAAAAAAAUUCGCAAAGGCGCGAUAUUACCUCGCAACUGCAAGAUCAUUAUUUCUCAUACAUGGUGGAAUCAAGCUUCCAUACUGUACCAGGGAGUGUUAUGAAUGUUAAGUGUAAUGCUGGAACGUGCCAAUAAUCGAUUACACACCAACGUGCACAGGACGAAUGUUUUUAUCAUGAACUGGGAGAAAGCAGAUAUCACGUCAAUAUAAUUAUGUGACAGCAGCUGUCUCAUAACGUCACGCCGCUAUUUUGCCUAUUAAAGCAGCGUCACGGAUUUGUUUCACCCAAUUUGUUAAACGUUAACAUCAAGUACAAACACUACAGAAAGAAAAAAAAAACACCUCGUCAUCUGUUUUUGUAACUUGGGGUAGUUUUCGCCUAAAGGUUUACAACAGUGGGUGGAGUCAAUGCGAAUAGAUUAAUUUAUCACCUAACACAUGGAAGUCAAUUCAGGAACAGAGAUUGUGUGUGUAAAAUACCACUAUGAGCAUGUUAAAACAUGAUCUUUUUUUUUUCCUCGGCAUGCUCAAAAAUAAUGAAUUCCCCAAAAAGUUCUUCACGCUCACACCUCCGAUGCCUUUUACUCUUUUACACUAGUAUUUCACUUUGAAGAGUUUUUUCCGAUUCGUUGCCUUGAACCAGCGUUCCACAACUCGCAGCUAUCGAGAACAAUUGGCACACACAAAAAUCCCAUUCCAAUACCGCUUCCUUCCCAGACUUAGUACAUGGCCUUAUUAAUGCGAAUAAUAGUUUAUAAAUCACGUGUGACACGUCCCACUGUCUGCAAACGCUAAUUACACACGCAAGUAAUCAGAUACCUAUUCCAUAACCCUUGCUGUAUUUAGAAAAAUCUUUACUUUUUUUUGUUUUAUUUAAAGGUAAGAACGUAGCUGUGUAGAAUGUGGUUUGUAAAACUAGUGAAAAUGGGAUAAAUCGACUUUAAAUAAAUUACCAAACUACCACAAACAUUCCUUAUUUCGUGCACAGAACAGUUUUCCACCACUGUCUUUGUACAGAGUAACGAUUUACACGCCUUUUUUUUUUAUAUCAGCCAAUCAGAGCAUUUCAUUGUUUAAAGUAAACCAAAUAAAUCUUAGUCUGAUUCUGUCAUGAUUUACUGUAAAAAAACUGCCUUAAACGGUACAAUCAACGUUUUUAACCGAAGCAGUUUCGUAAAUCAAAAUCAUUUCAGCCUCAGUCCUUUCUGAAGCCACGCCCCUUGAACAUGUACAUGUACUGUACAAAUGCUAACGCAAGAGGCGGGGCUUUCUUUAUCCUGAUUAAAGAGGUUAAACGUCG